AUGGCUAACUGUAUGGUUUUUCACACUCAAAUUGCCUCCAUUAUGGAGGUGCUAGCGAAUGCAGCCGUGGCAGAUAUAUGUAAACUCGUAGAUGACGACUAUGCAGUGUUUCGUUUGGAAAUAACUCAAAGCCAGAAAGAAAACAGGGCAUUGCGGAGGAAACUACAGCUACUGGAACUGAAGACGGCACGGGAGCGCGCCGAGAGGACAAUGCGAGAGCGCGUCGUCGCCAGUCGUCCCAGUAGUGUCAAGAUCCUCGACCGAUACAGAGGAAUCGCAAGAGGUGAAGGAAAUCUCACUGGAGGCCACAGGAGCUUUGUGAAGCCAGCGGGACAUAAUACAUGGAGAGAUGACCAACCAAUCACUGUUGAUGAGGGGAGUGGAACCUCAACCCAGCAUGUUAUCAUGAUAGAGUCUGCAGAGGCUGAAAGUCCUGGGGUCAAGCUGGAUAGGUCUGAAGUAGAAGAAGACCCACGGCACAGCAGAGACAUCAAGACUGGAGGGACUGGAGCGCUCCCUGUAGCCACGGAGGACCCCGCCCCAGCGCAGCCCAGGACCCGACACAGCAUCACGGAGGAGGAGGAGGGUCCAGAGGUGCUGCUGGUGAAGGAGGAGGGGUGGGAGGAGGGUCUGGGGAACCCUGAGGGGACCAUGGUCAUGGAGGACAACCAGACUACACCUCCUGAACCCACAGAGGAACCAGCUGAGCAGCACAGGACCACACACAGUCUCACUGAGCCAGUAGACAUGGAGGAUUGGAAGCCUGAUCUGCUGCUGGUCAAAGAGGAGACAAUAGAAGACGGACCAGAUAGUAUUGACCUGCCGAGUGGACUAAAGAUGGGGGAGCAAGGUGGUUGGCUGGAGGCUAACAGAGGAGACUGGGCUCCCAUCUUGGAUUCCCAGACCCAGACCAGUGCAGUCAAGCGCCCAGGGAACAACAUCACUGAGCAGGCCAGGACCAGAGGUGACAUAGUGGAGUCUGCUGUCCAUGAGGACCUGCUGAUAUCCGGUGUUGCUGGCUGGAGACACUGGACCUCUGAGGCGGCUGGGAACACACCCUGGCCCCGGAUCAGUACCCUGGAUCAGGAGCCGUCGCUCUUCCUUCCCGAGUCGGAACCAGGACCCAACCCCGAGGGACAGAGACUCCACCACCACACAGAAGACAACCAGUGGACAGGUGGAUUGAAUAACCUCAAUACUGGUGGUCAUCAGAGAGACAGAGGGUCCAGUCAGGGAUCCAGUCUGCAGCCCAGACCCUUCUCUCCACAGUCUCAGUGCAGGGAUGAAGCAGGGCCUGGGGCUGAUAGAGAUAGAGAUAGACCUUCCUGUUCCUAUGAUACAAACACCACAGUGUCCAUGAUGAACAGAGAAGGUCACCCUGGGCUUCAGCCUUCACAAACAGUGGUGAGUGAACCCCUUGGGGGUAGUCUAACAGGAAGUCUGUCUUCUCCUUCAGGGUCUCAUCUAAUGCCUAAUGACUGGGUUCAUAGGAGGCCUGGGUCUAGCCUUCCUCAGUUACCUCAUGGUUACCCCACCAAUACAGACAAGGUCAGGAUGGGUGUUCACCACAAGAGGUACCUAGCCUAUAACACGGCACCCAAUCUCAACAACACCCAAACAAUGGCUAGAGGUCAAGGAGGGAGCUCAAAGACUAACGACCUGAGGGUGGUGGCUCCUGCUUCUACCUCCUCUGGGUCACAACGUGGGAAGCAAUGCGUUAGGACGGACGCCGACAAACCGUAUGCCUGUCCCACGUGUGGGAAGCGCUUCUCUGAGGCAAACUAUGUGAAGCAACACCAGACCGUUCACACCAAGGAGAGGCCCUUCAAGUGUAAGCUGUGUUACAAGAGCUUCUCCUUCCUGAGUAACCUUAUCAGGCAUAGGGGUGUCCACAAUGAGGAGGAACCCUUCAGCUGUACCCAGUGUCACAUGCACUUUGCCCAUGCUGGCAACCUGAAGAGGCACCAGAGAGUCCACACAAGGGAGAAAUCCUCCAGCUGACCCCAUUGUGAGAAGAGAUUCUCCAGCCAGCACCAGCUGAAGAUGCACCUCAAGGUCCACACGGGAGAGUGGCUGUUCGCCUGUACACACUGUGGGAAGAGAUUCUCAGAGAGGAGCUACCUCAGGACACACCAAUAGAAAACCAUUCCACUCUAUAACAUAGAAAGUAACCAUACCACUCAAACCCUGAAUUAAAGACAAACAUGAAUUGUCAUUUUUGUCAGCUGAUGCAUUUGGAAUAAUGAGAGUAAUAGUGUUGAAUAUUCCUAGGUAGAAUAUUGCAUCCAGACAUUUAUAAGUCUAAAAAGUCUGUUACAUAUUGUGUUUGUACUGCGUUGGAUAUAUGAUGUUCACAAAUGCCAUUCAACUACUUAAUUUCUUUCCAAAGACACUUAAUGAGAAAAUAAAUGUAGUUUAUCAUACAGAUUUGUAGUUGAGACAGGUGUAUGUUGGUGUAUUUAACACUUUAACACACACUUUAACACAAAAUGGGACUUUUCAUUCUAAGACUUUCAUUGAGACUAGUAUACAUCACAUCUGACCUCAUCACACCAGUGGAGGUUCCUCAGAGGAGGAAGGGGAGGACUUUAAUUUCUUUUUUUUUAAAUAGUAAAAAAGUUAUCCUUUUUAGACAAGACUACUAAAUAUAUUUACGCAAUCAAAUCAUUGAUUAAAACACACUGUUUUCUAAUGGAAUACAACUUGGCCGCUAUGAAAGUGAACUGUGUUUACUGGUGAUACGGGGUGUAUUCAUUCUGACCAUUCUGUUGAAAAACGUUUCUUAAACGGAAGCAAAUGGAACGAAACGGGGAUAAACAUACCUGAAUUUGUCCAAUGGAAACUCUCGUUUGCAACUGUUGGACGAAUGAUUACACAUUAGAUCAGCUAGAUGCAGGGAAGAGUGUGCAAGGCGGUAUUAAAUGUGUCACUCAC